AUGCCCUUCCUGUGCAUGACUGCCGUCGUACCAUCAUACAUGCGGUCAUUGAUCUUGGCUUCAUCUCUGAACGCGGGAGCCAAGAUCAAAAGUCAGAAGCGUACCGACAUCUUGGAGCAGCUGUACGCCAUCCAUAUAGAAAAGGGGUAUAAGGUCGACUUUCAUAUGGGCGAGAUUGAACAAGAAGCUAACGUCGCGCUAAACGUCGGCUCUGACACCACCGCUAUCGGCUUGCGCUUCACAAUCUACCACACAAUGAAGAAACCCUCCAUCGACACAGAGCUCAUGCAAGAGCUCGACCAACCUAUCAAAGACGGCCGUCUCCGCUCUCCCGUCAGAUACGCCGAGGCGAAUAAGUUUUCGCACCUCUGCGCCUGCACCCAGGUGUGCGGCUGUUCAUGGGCCGAAUGUUGCCCACUGAACGCAUGAAACUCUGUUGUACCUUCAUCCCGGUCGACUACCGUGUCUGCAUGAAUGUUGCUGUGGUGCACUUCGAUAAGACGGUGUUUGGCGCCGACGCGGACGAAUAAUGGCCCUCACGAUGGCUGGAUCCAGUAGCGGCGGCGAGCAUGGGUAAGUAUAUGCUGCACUUUGGAGCGGGGACGCGAACUUGCACCGGCAAUAUCUCGUUGGUGGAGCUGCAUAAGCUUGUCCCGGAGGCCUUGAGCAAAUUUGAGCUGCAGAUGUGGAAUGAGAAGAGCGAGUGGAAAGCGAGGAACUCGUGGCUCUGCAAACAGAAGAAUAUUGUGGUGCGGGUAAGG